AAGGACGCCAGAGCUGACCUCCACGUCACUACCAUCACCACCACAAGCACCACCACCGCCACCACCACCAUCAGUGACGUUGUUAGUUCACCUCUACAUCGCUGACACCACUUCUACGCCGACGCUGCUUCUAAAGCUUUGCCGACGACCUUGAGGUCCUAAUCAUGCCUGACAGCCAUGAUAAAUGCCAAGAACUGUUGAAGAAGAUCCAAGAUGAGUGUAAAAGCAAAGGUCUUCCUGAUUUUAUGAAAAGGGAGUUCACCAUGUUGCCAGCAACUACUGAGCAAAACAGUUCAAAUAUUCCCAAGAUACGACUGCUGCAAUGGAAUGUUCUAGCACAAGCAUUGUCAGUAGGAACAGACAAUUUCAUCCUGUGUCCUAUGAGUGCACUUUCUUGGGAUACAAGAAAACUUCGCAUCCUUGAAGGUAUUCUAAACAACAAUCCAGAUGUUAUCUGUUUAGAAGAAGUCGAUCACUACGACUAUUUAUCCUCACAUUUGACAUCUGUUGGGUAUUCUGGUAUUUUUCAGCCUAAACCAGAUUCUCCUUGUCUGUAUUUAAGCAACUCUAUGGGACCUGAUGGUUGUGCCUUAUUUUACCGAAAAGAUUACUUAAAACUGUUGGAUUUCCAGAAAAUUGGUCUUAAAAGGAAAGAUGGGCAGCUGAUGAACCAAGUAGCCAUUCACUGCUUGUUGAAGAUUAUUUCUGGUGCUGAAGAAGGCAAAGACAAAUUCUCUGUAAUUGUCACUCAUUUGAAAGCAAAAGAAGGCUUUGAGAAACUACGUUACGAAGAGGGUAAUUUCAUCUUGGAGUAUAUCCAUGAGAACGCCAAAUCAUGGCCAGUUAUUGUCUGUGGAGACUUCAAUGCAGAUCCCAUGGAGGAAGUCUACAAAUCUUUCUCAAAGAAUGAUCUUCAACUGUUUAGUGCCUACACAAAAUUGUCAGACGAAGGCAGUGAACCAUCAUACACAACGUGGAAAGUGCGUGAUUCUCCGACAGGACCAGUAGAAAUUUGUCGGACAAUUGACUACAUAUGGUGCAGUCAGAAGUCUUUAGAAAUUCUUUCAUUGCUCGAUCUCCCCAAAGACGAAGAUGUUGGACAAAACCGUCUGCCUUCACAUUCCUACCCAUCUGAUCAUCUUUCUUUAGUUUGUGACUUCCAAUUGAUCUAACAUCUUCAUUGAUUCAUCAUUGCCUUCUUCUUCUUCUCUUCCUUAACAUUUCUCCUUCUUCAUUACCUCUUCUGCCUCAUCUUCAUCAUUAAUUUGUUUUUCUAUUCCUCAUCUUCUUUCCUACUUUUUUUCCCUUUCUCUUCCUUCUUCAUUUCUCUCCUUUAUUUUGCCUUCUUCAUCUCCUUUUUGAAUCUCACCGUCUCCCAUUUCUCCAAAUGUGAUAUACAUAUAUUUUACAAGAAACAAAUUCUAACAACACAAAAUUACACAGAAUUAAUUUAAACAAUUGAAAUCACUGACACAAAAAUAAAAUUAAAGUAACAUAAAAAAAAAAUAUGAAAAAAUACUCACCUAAACUCUCCUGUACAGUUUAACACAAACAAUUUUAUCAAGUAAAUAUAUACUGUACAUUUCUAAUCAUAUUAUUCAGAAAUUUAUAAAUUUUAACUUUUGACUCCUA